CCUGUAGCAGCCCGGAGGAGACAGCGCCUGAAGUGAACCGUUAUACACUGUUACGCCCGGUGGACACGAACUUCAUAACCGGCUAACCCUCUCUGAAGAGCGGCUUUACAAACUGUCAGAACAACUUAAAGAUGUUUCUCAUUUGUCUGCUUGCGGUGUUUCUCUUUGGUUCUGCAGCCAAAGGAGCAACAACUGAAUCUGUUACAUAUAAUUACACAACCAGUGGAGAAAUGAACAAUGUGACUUCAACAGCUUUUCCGACAUCACUCUUGACUACUGCCACAAACUCAAAUCCAAGCAGUGCCCUCACAGACAGCGGCUUGACAACUGCUUCAGAAGUGACUACAGCAACAGAAAGUACUACUCGAGAAUUCACAACUGUGCACACAACUCUCACCAAUGCAGAGACAAUUAAUCUGAGCACUCAUUCCACGAUCACUACUAAUGCUACGGUUACUGAGAACAGUACUGUGGCCACUGGCAGCCCAGCUCCCUCUCCAUCACCUCCAGCCACUGACGCAAGCAUGUCGACUGCAAGGCCAGGGACAAGCAAUCCUACCAGCGAUAGUGAGACUACAAAUACAACCACCGUUCCGGUUCCAGCCACGAAUCAAACAAUGAGCACAAGUACAUUGAUCGCACACGCAACCACCAACAUAUCUCUAAGUACACCACACUCCACCAAUGGCACAACUGGAAGUACAUCAAUCACACAGACUAACAACGACACCACUGUUAGCACACCAAUGACCAACACCAGCAAUGACACAACUACAAUUAUGCCAGUCACAAACACAACCAUCAACAUAACUGCAAGUACACCAGUCACCCAGACUAACAAUGACACCACUGUUAGCCCACCAAUUACAAACACCAGCAAUGACACAUCUACAAUUAUGCCAAUCACAAACACAACUACCCACACAAUUGCAAGUACACCAGUCACCCAGACUAACAAUGACACCACUGUUAGCCCACCAAUUACAAACACCAGCAAUGACACAUCUACAAUUAUGCCAGUCACAAACACAACCAUCAACAUAACUGCAAGUACACCAGUCACCCAGACUAACAACGACACCACUGCCAGUACACCAAUUACAAACACCAGUAAUAACACAUCUACAAAUGCACCAGUGACAAACUCAACCUCUCACACAAUUGCAAGUACACCUGUGACCCAGACUAACAAUGACACCACUGUUAGCCCACCAAUUACAAACACCAGUAAUGACACAUCUACAAUUAUGCCAGUCACAAACACAACCAUCAACAUAACUGCAAGUACACCAGUCACCCAGACUAACAACGACACCACUGCCAGUACACCAAUUACAAACACCAGUAAUAACACAUCUACAAAUGCACCAGUGACAAACUCAACCUCUCACACAAUUGCAAGUACACCAGUCACCCAGACUAACAAUGACACCACUGUUAGCACACCAAUUACAAACACCAGCAAUGACACAACUACAGUCAUGCCAGUCACAAACACAACCAUCAACAUAACUGCAAGUACACCAGUCACCCAGACUAACAACGACACCACUGCCAGUACACCAUUUACACACACAAGCAACAGCACGGCUAUGGUUACUUCUCCCACAAGCAAUCAUUCAACUAACAUUACUCCAGUCACACCCACAAGCAACAACACAACUUUUAUUACAGCAACUACACCACUAAGCAACGUCACAACUUCAACUACUGAAGAAACCAGCAACAGCACAGCAAUUACAACUACACUCACCUCAGUAAGCUCUACAGCUGUGUUAACUCCAACUACUCAACCAAACACUACUAACACCUCUCCUGAGACUGCUGCAUCCACUACUGCACCCUUGUCCUCAACUACUGCCAUAAACACAACACUCACAGCUGGACCCUCACCCUCUUCACCCACCACCAUCUCCAACUCCAGCUCUUUCCCUCCAAGCACCUCCCCAGGCAAUAGCACCGUACCCCCCAGUGGAAAUGCCACCACCCUUAGUCCCUCAACAGCAAGCUCAGGAGUACCCACAACUACAACUCUUUCAACUGAAGCUAGUGGCAUUACAACUGCCAUUCCAACCACCAUCUCUAACAUCACAACCACCACCCUGCAACCAACACAGAUCACUACCAGCAACCAAACCACUCCAGCUCCACCCACCACCACGCAGAGUCCAGUCAUAGUGUGUCCAGCUGUCCCAUGUCCACUUGAAAGCGUCUGUCUUAAUGGCACUUGCCAGUGUCUCUCUGGUACCUACCUGCUGAAUGGACGUUGUGUACCUGCCAAUGUGUUCCCAGGCAGGCUUCAUCUUACCUCCUUGACAUUUCAAGAUGAAAUGUACAACAGAUCCUCAAAGAUAUUCCAGAUGACGGCUGCUGACAUUUCAGCAACACUUAGCAAUAUCCUCAAAAACCAGCCAGGGUAUAUCCGGUCUGAUGUUGUGCAGCUUGAACCAGGAAGCGUGCAAGCAACUGUAAAUAAUGUGUUUAGUGACACCACUGAAACUCAAGCUACCGUUAAUGACGCCAUAAAUGAAGCUAUAAAAACUUCCACUGGACUUCUGGCUCAAGCUACAUAUACAAGUACAAACCUGUGUGAGCAGAAGCCAUUACCUUGUGAUGUCUCCACUACAGUAUGCACAGAUACAAAUGGCCAUGCUACAUGUGCCUGUAAAGAUGGCUACAUCUCCAUUGUGUACUCAAACACUAGUUGCAAAGCGUGUCCAAGCGGACAGAGGGCAGUUGGAGGAGUAUGCGAAGUAUGUCCAUUUGGGUAUGCUGGAUUCAACUGCAAUGACUCGGCCCUGCUGGCAGUGGUGAUCAUCUCCUGUGUACUAGGAGGAGUUCUACUCAUUCUUAUCCUGGCUUUGCUCAUAUACUGCUGCUGGAGGCUGUGCUCGAAUAGAAAGCAAGACAUUAGCAGCAGCCCUUACUCAACAGAAGACUUAAACCAGCCCUGGCCUACUGGCAUCAUGCCCAUCCCCCGUGCCAACAGUAAAUGGGAUGGAGCUCCUUCUAUAGAGAUGACAGAAGGGGGCAGCAGUAAUGCCCUGGUGGACAAAAAGCAUCAAAGCAACGGAAUGGGGUUUCAGUGGAAGCAGAAAGGAUGGAAAAAGACGGGAUCGUACGAUCUCAACCCGGAAGCAAUGAUGACCUUCAAAGGUAAAAAUACAUCCCGUUACUCGUAUCUGGUUCAAGGCCAUGAGAAUCCUUACUUCUUACCUGGAGACGAGAAGAAAAACUGAAACUAAAACACUAAAACCUUCAAAUGAGCGAGGAAGACGGGAUCAAAAAGAAGUAACUGAUUUGAAACUCUGGGACUACAGAUACAUAUCCUGAGAAGAGUAAUUUAUAAAGAUACUUUACCCUCUGAGCUUAUUUGCAUUAAUGAUGAUGAAUCACAAAGGACCUUUUAAGAAAAUCCUGAAAAUUACCAAAGAGAUUCAUUUGUGUGCAUCAUGUCUGCUCUUAAUGGUUACAACCAGUGGAUGUCGCUGUUGCUCAUUACAUUCAUAUAUAGUAUAGUAAUAGUUUUUUAACGACACAGCUGACUUUUUAUUCCUUUUUUUUAAUGCUUUGAUGAAUUCAAAUAGAAUUUUAAAAAUGAAGCAUCUUAUUUUGCUAAUUGCACUAAAGUAUAUAUUAAGUUUACUAUUAGUUUUUAUAUAAAUCAGAGGUAAACUGAAUGUGGGUUCUUAUGGGGUACCUGCUAUUUUUCCUAAAAGGAUGUGAUUUUUUUUUUUUUUUAUUAAGCAAAUCGUGAAUGACUAAAGGGGCUGGAUCCCUGUUUGGGAGUAUUUAAAGGGAUUUAUGUUGUAGCAGUCUGUAUCUGUUGAAGCUACACUUGCAAAAUGUGCCUGUUUAAUAGUCUGUUUGAUGAAUAGGAAACAUUGUGCUAAGCUGGUAAAAAAAAAAAGAAGCUUGUCUGCUUUUUUUUGGAUGUGCCAAAAAUAAUUUGUAAACAUUUUUUUGAGGAUUCUGUAUAAAUUAUAUAUUUAUCUUUGUGCUUCUGAGAGAAUGGACUGUUUUAUAAGUGUGUGUUUUUGUAAAGAAAAAGAGUGUGUGCACAUAUCCAGCAGAAAUAAAUUAAUUUAAAGAGG